AUGGUUCUGAAACGCGACCUUCACAAGAAGGACACACCGCUCAAGCAGUUUGGCGUUCAGUAUCAUGCUGAUCUGGACAGUCUCCGCAAGGCCGCAUCUGGCGGAUGUGAGCUCUGCCAGGCGGUCGAAAAGGAGGCAAAUGCGUUAAUCGAAGAGAUCGCCACCCUUCCCCAGCCGCGAUUGGGGGUAAUGCAGUGUGAGCCCAGCUGGGAUAUGUGGCUGACGAGACGCUCCGAAUCCGAGGGUGCUAGAAGCGGCGAUGGUCUCUGGGUUGUUACUAGGAGCUCAUGGGAAAGCGACAACUGGCUUGUGCCCGUCGCAUCUAUUGUAUUUGCUUCUGAUGAAGAUGAUCCUCGCUCUUCCGGCUCGCGAGACCGCGUAUUGCGAGAGGUCCCCGACCAGACGACUCUCAACCAUGUCACCAACUGGCUCAAGAAAUGCAAUGAACACCCGCAUUGUCAUAGCCGCGACAAGUCGUCUUUGCCGACUCGUCUCCUCGAUGUUGGCACCGCAGACUCUGCCUCCUUCACCAUCAAACUCGUCGAGCCGGAUUCCAACCUUUGCGACCGUUAUAUAACCCUCAGUUACUGCUGGGGACAGGGGGCAAAACACUUCACGACAACCAGCGAGACUCUACACGCCCGCAAAGAGGGUAUCAGCCUCGAGGCGCUUCCGCAGACUCUCCGGGACGCCGUGAUCAUGACCCGCACCCUAGGCGUCCGGUAUCUUUGGAUUGAUAGCUUGUGCAUCUGCCAGGACGACUUGAAGGAUUGGGAACGAGAGUCCGCCCAGAUGGCCGCCGUUUAUGCGAAUUCUUAUCUGACUCUCGCCGCCACGAAAUCGCCAGACGUCAACGGCGGUCUUCUUUCGGCCCGAAAACCAAGGUCCUACUUCCAGCUUCCUCGUGGCGGUUCCGGCACAGAAGACGGAUACAUUCUUGCGGCGGCCAUCUCCCUCGACAAGGACGUCAUUCCCGAGUAUCAUAUGAAGAUGAAAGAUGAGCCGUUGUCCAAGCGAGCCUGGGGUCUCCAAGAACGUGCCCUCGCUCGUCGUAUUCUACACUUCGGGAGCGAACAGCUGUACUGGGAGUGUCUGGAGGGGUUCGAGUCCGAAGAGGGUGUCAAGCUGCCAUACCGGCUUCCCUGCAUCAACCCCGACGAGGACGUCAUUGCCCAUGUCGACAAGGUUACGCAAAGGAAUGCAGAGCUCCACAAGGGGUUGGACCGCUCCGGCUCGUCGUUGCGGUCAUGGCCCCAAAUCCUUUGGGAAUAUGGCCCGCGCGAGCUGACGGACCCAGCGGACAAGCUGCCAGCCAUCUCCGGCGUGGCCAAGACGUUCUGCAAGAUACUCGACGACGAGUAUCUCGCCGGCCUCUGGCGAAAAUCUCUAAUCGAGGGCCUCUGCUGGCAGCCCCUGUCGUGCAAACCUGCCGCCGGGGGAUACCGCGCUCCGUCGUGGUCCUGGGCAGCGGUGGACGGCAUACCCGCCACGGGUUUCUUGGCUGAGGGAGAACCCCAGGCCCAGGUUCUCGAUGCAAAAGUCGAGAUAGACGGCGACAAUCCCUUCGGUCGCGUCAAGGACGGCUGGAUCAAGCUCGAGGCCCCCCUCGUCAAGAUGGUUCUGUCUGAAAACAAGGGACCCGUAGGCCAUCUGCUACUGCGGAGCAACGGGCAGGCCGACGACGUCCAUGCGAUGCUCGACACCAUGGACGGGAGGUCCGAGGAAGCCGAGUCGUUUUUCAAGUCGGAGGAUGUGUAUGCCGUCGUCCUUGCCUUCGUGUAUGGUCAUCCCUUAGAGCCUGACCCCGAGCGCAAGCACGGAACGGCUCAUGCGCUACUCGUCACUCCCGACCAUGAUCGUCCGGGAUGCAUGAAGAGGAUCGGGAUGGUGUUGCGGGAUGCGAAGAACUUUGGAACCGAGGAGCUAGUUUCUUCCAGGUCGACGAUCACUCUGGUUUGA